GUUAGACCUUAAUAACAUCUUGAAUCCAAAACUCAAUCUCUGCAUCUGUGAUAAACUCAACCUGUGACAAAUGGGAAGCCAGCGAAGGAUUCUUGAGCAAAGAAUUCAAGCUCUCUGGUCUUGGCUGCAGAAGUGAGAUGAUGAAGGGAACGUCAUCAUUUGGAAAGCAUCGCCAUAAGACGCACACGUGCCGCCGCUGCGGCUCUAAAGCCUACCACCUUCAAAAGUCGACCUGUGGCAAAUGUGGCUACCCUGCCAAGCGCAAGAGAAAGUAUAACUGGAGUGCCAAGGCUAAAAGACGAAAUACCACCAGGACUGGUCGAAUGAGGCACCUAAAAAUUGUAUACCUCAGAUUCAGGCAUGGAUUCUGUGAAGGAACGACAUCUAAAUCCAAGAGGGCAGCUGUUACAGCAUCCAGUUCAUCUUAAGAAUUUCAACGAUUAGUCACAUAAUAAAUGUUCUGGUUUUAAAAAGUACAAA